CGACGUCGAAGGACCGGGAGGGCCGGAAAGAGAGCCUCGAGGUAACCGGCGAGUGAUGAUGAUCGGUGGAAGCGUCGCGACGCCCACCGGCACAACGAAACCAGCAGUGACAACAAACGAUAACGGCAUGGUCGUGGUAGACGCUAUCGGCACCGGGUCAGCCGUACCCUGCAGCGCGGCCGAGUCCGGAUUCUCUUUGUCAAACGCUACUUCGAAGCUAAACAUGAAGGCUAUCAACACCUCGAACAACAACGCCGCGGUCAAGUGUUGCUCCGAUGAUUCCGGGCCCACUGCAGCCAGCAAUGGCGUCACCGUAACUCGUCCCUGGGAGCCACCCUCCCCCCCGCACCCUUCGCACCCUUCGCAACAACCUCCGACGGCCCAUCACCAGAUCAACGUCAUACCACCCUCGGCUCUGCUCGACGGAGUUGGAAUUGGCUGCGCCGGUUCAGUCGCACCGAAUCCUUUCGGAAAUAGCAGCGGAGCUAAUGCGGGGGGUGUAACGUCACGCCAAAGGCUUUUGGAGCUGUCUCACGGUUUGGGCGCCCUCCGUCACUACAACGACUUGGCAAAUCACGUACUAUCCCUGAAUCAGCAAGGUGCAGUUGUCACGAAACUAUUGGGAACCCUUAGACCCCCGGGUCUGAUCGGUGGUAGUAAACCAAAAGUUGCGACACCCGCGGUCGUGGCUAAAAUCGAACAGUACAAAAGGGAAAACCCGACGAUAUUUGCGUGGGAAAUACGGGAACGACUGAUAUCCGAAGGAGUUUGCAGCAACGCGACGGCGCCCUCGGUCAGUAGCAUAAACCGCAUCCUGAGAAACCGAGCGGCGGAACGAGCGGCUGCGGAAUUCGCAAGAGCGGCUGGCUACGGUCUCUACGCGGCGGGGCCUCACCACUACUUCAAUUCGCCCCACCACCACCCCCACCACAUACCGGGAUGGGGUGGAGCCCACCCCUGGGUCCUACCAACCCUUCCAACCGGAGGUUCGGUUCUUCUUCCUCCAGCACCGAGUCCCGGUGGUGGAUCCAGCGGGAGUCCCGACCAUGCACUUCACGGAUCGGACCCCAUGACUCGAGGAUACUUGGAUGGCGACGGAGACGAUGGAAGCUUGGACGGAUCCGAGCAGCCAAAGUUCAGGCGGAAUCGUACAACCUUCAGUCCCGAGCAGCUCGAGGAACUGGAAAAAGAGUUCGAGCGUUCUCACUACCCUUGUGUAUCGACGCGCGAACGCCUCGCGUCAAAAACGUCCCUCAGCGAAGCCCGCGUCCAGGUUUGGUUUUCCAACAGACGAGCAAAAUGGCGGCGUCACCAGCGCAUGAACCUUCUAAAGCGUUCGCCACCGCACCCGGCGGUAUCGGGAAGUGGUUUAGACACGACCCGUACAGGGGCAUCGUUAACUGGUAUAACCACAGGAACCCCCAGCGGGGGGAUGGGUGGCGAGCAUAGUGCAUUCCGUGCAGUUCACGGUGCCGCCGUGGUGCCGUCACAGAGAUUCGGCGAAUCCGGUGGUGGCAGCAGCGCCGUGACGGCCUCUCAGCCGGAAAGAAAGCCGAGCGCCUUUCGAAUGAUCAGUCAGCUAGUCGGAGACUCGUCGCCACCCUCGUUAAAUCAAACAACCACCCCCUCGGCGAGCAUAUUCUCGGCUGGAACAGGCACAGACGCCUCGAGCAUAUCCCGUCACUACAACGCCCCGAGGAGCCCAACGCCCCAGCGUCGGAGUCUCGACAACGACGUCGUCGACUCCGACGAGGAGAUCGACGUGCAGGACUCCGACCAGGACGCGCCUUCGCCCAUCGCCUGGCGGGAACCCUGGCCGGACCAGCAACCCCUCGAGCUCACUAAACACGAUCGCUGAAACGAUCCUAAAAACGA